CGUAACGAUAGCACCAACAUCCGAGUGCUGCCAUCGUAUCUGAAACCCAACCAAAAACAACAAAACCGAACUCCAGAAAAUAAGUUCCCAGAGAAGAGACGAAAUUCUCACCACAAAUUGCCGGUAAAGAGUGCGAAUAAACAAAUUGGAUAUAAAAUUAUAAUUUGAGAGCUGGAAAAACUGAAAAAACUGCAAACAAACUGAAAGUGUUUUCUUAGUGAAAAGUGUGAAACUCUAACAAACUGCAUAAUUAAUGAAUUAUUACUUUGAAGCUGCACAAAUGAGGCGGACUACUUUUUAAUGGAAGCCCCCGGAACAAGAAUAAUAGCCAACCCGAGGGAACCAGCCUCAUCAGCGACAUGAUCCCCGCGAUGUCCACGUAAUGAAAACGAAACUGCAAAAGUUGUCGUGCCGUUGCUGAGCGGAAGAACAGCCAGGGAAAACGCCAGAAAAAAAUUAUAUUUAAAAUAGGUAGCAGAAAAUGAAGUCUGUCAUUCUAUAUCCAUAUGGACCGCUAACCGGCGGCACUCGUUGCUGUCGCAUGUUGCAUGCCAAAAAUUUGGCCAUAACAAGUGCAAUUUACACAAUUAAUAUAUCCCUUCUAAUCGUUUUGAUAUACUCGUGGCGCAUCAAUGUCAAUAUGCACAAGUCGGCCGAUCUGCAGGAUGUCUACUACGGUGUACAAAUAGCAUAUUUUGCCAUAAUCGGCACACAAAUGUCCAUGAUAUUGCUGAGCAUUGUGUUAAUAUUUGGAAUAUGCCGGGAGAACCCCGGACUAAUUGUACCCUGGAUAAUUGGCUAUAUAACAUUUAUGGCCCUGGAAGCUGUCGCCAUGGUAUACUCGAAUGUUCUGCGCGAUCAUGUAAAUAAGCAAUUUGAUGCCAUGUGCAAAGCAGAGGUGGCUUUCUUUGUUGCUCGAGCCCUGAUAAAUGUGCUGGCCAUGUGGGGAGUGCUGCGCUUCUACAAUUUGGUUCGCUCUGGAAUUACAUGGCGGGGACCAGAGGCCAAGACCGCCAUUUUUGCGCCAAUGUACAAGAGUGUUAGUACGAACAAGCCGCACUCAUACUCUUACAGCAAGCGGUCAAGGCGUCGCCAUAGCAUCGAGGCGUCUUCCGGCGGAUGCUGCGCCAUAUUCGAUUUCGAUUUUGAGUACGACGAUGAUAACGAUGAUGACGACGAUGAGGUGGCCUAUGGCGAUGGCCUGGAUACGGAGGAUGAAGUUGGCUACGAUUACGACGACUAUUACGAUUACUACGAUGAUGACGAGCUGGCGGAGCAGCAGCAACUGGGACUGCAGCAGGAUGAUGCCGACUGCAGUAUGUUGGGGGCAGCUAAGGCAGCCAGGUCGCGAUCCAAGCCAAGAUCCGCUGUGGUUAAGGUGAAGGGUCAGCGCAGCGGAAGCCGCCGCACCAACAACAACAUUCGCAGCGUGCUGAUCAACAAGCGGCACAACAAGUACAAAAUUGCUCGGCCUCAAACGCAACUGGAGGUCAUCAACGAAUCGGAGAAAAGUGCGGGGAGCGGUAGCGAUGAGAAUGAUUCACUUUUGGUGGCCUAUGACAGCAGUUCGUCGCUGGCGUCGGUUUGACAUUGGCCGCCAUGCAAAUCGGGAACCGGAAAUGGAAAUGCAGCCAUUGGGCCAGCCGGAAGUGAUAGAACCAACUGUGCAAAUAACCGGGGAAAGUGCCAUAACAGCGACUGCGACUGCAGCAGUGACAACAGAAGCAACGGAAGCGGAAGCGAGACCGAUGACGACGGCGAUCCUGACGAGGGCCAGUAUCUGGAACGUGGGUGGACGAAGAGCGCCCGCUUCAGUGGUCAAUGUUGUGGUCAGCGUCAACGUCCACUGCGACGCGUCUACUGCGCUGUAAAUCUAUCCAUAAUGGGCCUUCUGGUGGCCGUGGAGAUAUACGCACAGAUCGCCAUAUUCCUGUAGAUCCCAACACCGUUUCCUCUGAAAUAUAAAUGGUUCUUCCAAGACCAGAUCAUAUUGUUUUUAUUAAAAUUUGAUCAGCUAAAAUGAAAGUAUACUCAACAAUUGCCAGCAGAGAUUACAGCUUUAAAUGUAAAUAAAUUAGAACCAUAAAAAACAUAAAUGCAAAUCCGUUUUGACUUUAGCUAAUGCUUUUACAAUAGCUUAUCAAUAUGACUCAUAUCGCAACUCAAAUACUAUUACAACACUUGACCAUAUGAAAAAAUUUAAGAAAUAUUCGAUUCUUUGGAUUGAUCAUUUAGAGUUUGUUUUUUAGUCCUUUUAUAUAGUUUAACCUUUUCUGCUAAACAUCAUAAACUUCAUCAUACUUCUUCAAAUUUUUAUUUUCUAUAACUCUUUAUUUUAUUACAACAUUUUUAUAGGAAGGUUUGAGAGAUUUCUGUGAAAUCAAAUUUCAGCAGUUAAUAAAACUUCCGUUAGAGAACUUUGGUAAAACUCUCUUAGGAAAAAACAACUUUAAAGUCCUCCUAUUCAGCUUACAUAAGGGCAGCCACAAAAUGUAAAACACUUAAUGUAAAUACUUGAAAAAAAAGGUCAAAGUUAGCAGAAAUGUCAGUAAUAAUAAGAACAAUAAUAGCAGUAACUCUAAAUGUGUAAAAAUAUUAAAAGUACAUUUUCUAGCCAAAGAGAUAAGCAGUCCAUAGCAGAUUAAAAAGAUCUCCAAGAGACAGAAAAGUUUUUAUUUAACAGAUAAAUAUUCUCCAAACCUAAGUUAACAGAUAAAAAAUACUUUAUUGCAAAACCAAAUAAAAGCUUUAAAUUAAUUGCAAGAUAUAAAUCGCAUGUCUAUCCAAAACAAAGAAACAAAUAAAAAGCCCAAACAAAAGUAACAGAAACAAUAAAAAUACAAUUUAAAACAAAAAAAGUUAACCAAGAAAAGAUUUAAAUGACUAUGAAGUGCUGAGGAAAUUACUUUGUAAAUACUUCCUGCUAUCUCGAGUUGAUGUCGGUGACGUACACGAAAUAAGCGAAAUAAACCAUAUCUAUAAAUGUUGUAUAUAUAGUAAGUAUUCAUAAGUACAGUUGCGCCAAAAAAAGAACACUAGACAGCCAGUUUAAAACUAACCAAUAAAUGUGAGUUGAUGUAUACCUUACGAUAAACCAAUAAUAAAAACUUGAUAUUUGU